AGAACGUGUCUUUGAUUUAGUAGACACUAUAUUCGUACCAGUAAAAUGCAGUUCAUCUUACUCAUAGUAUGGAUGUUGGUCUUCAACGCCGAGUCAUCACCAAAGGUUUUCGCAGAAAAUGACCGUGCACGUAGAGCUAGUGGAGUAAAGUACAAUGAGAAGUGCGCCCUCUACCACGGGCCAAAAUACUCAUUGUCAUGCGCAGAUGGCUCUGGAUGUUUAGGAGAAGAUCUCUUGUGUGAUAAUUUUAAAAAUUGCCCGGAUGGAAGUGACGAGUAUGGAUGUCAAGGAGAAGAGCAACCCCUGAGAUCAGGGGCAAAGUACAGCGAGGAGUGCGCCCUCAAGUAUGGAAUAGAAUACUCUUACAUAUGCGCAGACGAUUCUGUGUGUUUAACAGAAUCGGUCUUGUGUGAUAAUUUUGAGAACUGCCCAGAUGGAAGCGACGAGUUUGGAUGUCAUGGCGAGCGUCCGGAUCCUUGGAAUAAUGAAGACGAACCCAAAGAUGGGAAACCGUACGAAUUCAAUCAGUGUCGACUGGUAUUCCCGGGAACACAGCUCAAAUGUGUUGGAGAAAAUAGGUGCGUUGCAGAUAGUGACGUGUGUGACGGAUUUCAAAACUGUAAAAAUAACGGAGACGAGCUGGACUGUGGUUAUGGUGUUAGAGACGAAAACUGGUGUGUUAAGCCUUAUCAGCAGGGUGUUUCAGAAGGAGGCUGGUAUUUCUUAAAAGAACAAAUGUGGGAGGCGCAUAACUACUAUCGCUGUAUACACGGUGUGCCGCCCAUACAUUGGGAUGACGUCAUAGCUAUGGAGGCUCAGGCGUUAGCAGAUGAAAUAGCUGUCUCUCAGAGGAUUGGACAACCGUCAGAAAAGUACGGGAUAAACCAAGCAAUGAAACAACUGCAUUUGAAGGAACAGUAUACAGGACUUGGUUUUGUGAAGUUAUGGUACGAUGAAAUCGAAUUCUAUGAUUUUGAACACCCUUCUUAUAGUGACCAGUACGCUCACUUCACUCAAGUAGUUUGGAUGGAAAGCGCCGAAGUUGGUUGUGGUAUCGCAGAGGGCGCUGGUUCCAGGGACCAAUACAUAACCUAUUGGACUGUAUGUCUGUAUACUCCGCCCGGGAACACCCCACGUAACAGCGAAAGGGCUUUCGCUAGAAAUGUGCAACCACUGUUAUAGACAGUCGACGGCUUGUCUGACAAAUCGUAUUAUAAUGUACUAACAGUACACGUAUUGAUCGUAUCAAUAAAUUAUUAACCAUAUU